AUGUCUGGCGCCGAGCUCGCUCUGGGUAUUGUUGGUGCGGUGGCUGCAGCAGAUGUUGCAAUAAAAGCUUGCAAGAGAGUUUAUGCGACCUGUUCUGCCCUUAAAAAUGCAGCGAAGGAAAUCUGCGAGCGGAGAAUCCGUCUGCAAAGCAAUUGCAUCCAAAUAGAACGACAACUGGAGAUUCUUCGCCAAAUUCAGGACUGUCUUGAUGAACGAAGUCGAAUCAUACAAGAUGAUAUCAUGGAAAUCCUCACAUCGAAGCUCGGCGCUGCAGAGGCUAAGCUCAAAGGUCUUACUACGAGCUGGUCUCUAGAUCCCGGUUCCAAUAUUCUGCCAGCGGAAUCCGUAUCCAAAAGGGAAAGGGCGAAAUAUGCGAUGCUAAGAAACCACCUGGACAGGGCCAUUGAUGAAAUCGAGUCAUGGCAACGUGUUUCAUUCAAUCCUCUUUAUUUUACCGUCAUUAAAUCUCAAACUCAACAGAUCCCGAUCGACAAGGAACUGGAUCUUUCUAAGGGAAAGAACGGGAGCCAAGGAAACAAAAUGAUUACAGAAGCAAUAGCAGUGCGUAAUCCAUUAAGAAAAGCUAGCUCCAUCCACGUCUUUUUACCCUCAGAAAAACUUGACUCUGCUAGAACUGCCGAAAUCGCUUUCAGUUCCGUAAAGUCCGUGCAAAUAGAUAACAAGUGGCGCCUCCUGGAUUCGGUGUCCGACCUGUCAAAGAGGGCGGUUCGUGAUCUGGCGGUAAAGCUCAACAGCUCCAACCCGACCACAUUUGGUCUUCUGACAUGUAUCGGCGCUAUUCAUGACGAGAAAAAAGGCGAUUGCAACCUUGUAUUUCGGAUGCCAGAAAACAUGUCCGAUCCGGAAACGCUUCGCGCGAGGAUCAUGGCGAGCGACUCGAGUCAUUCUCUCUCAGACCGAUUUCGAUUAGCCACGCAAUUAGCACGAGCCGUCUGCUCCGUCCACACCUUCGAUAUAGUCCACAAGAGCAUCCGACCAGAGAACAUCAUCCUAUUUCGGGAUCAGGAAUCGGUCUUGGGAUCAGCAUUCCUUCUUGGAUUCGAAAGAGUUCGUAGGGGGGAAGACAACACACGAUUAACUGAAGAUAUACACUGGGAGAAGAAUCUCUACCGCCAUCCCCAACGCCAAGGAUCUAAAAUCCGAGAUCGUUAUAUCAUGCAGCAUGACAUCUAUAGCUUGGGAGUGUGCAUGUUGGAAAUCGGGCUUUGGAGUUCUUUCGUAAAGUACGACAACUCAACCGCGGACCCGAUCUGGUCGCAGAGCUACGAUUUUGGCGCUGAAGGGCCAAACGAUGUCAGCCAUUCCGAACUCGCCAAGACACGUCUGGUUUCUCUAGCCACAGACGAGCUUCCAGGGAAGAUGGGGACGAAGUACGCUAGGAUUGUCGAGUCAUGUCUUACUUGCUUGGACGUGGGAAAUGAGGAUUUCGGCGAUGAAUUUGAGUUGCAAGACAAUGGUGUUCUUGUUGCUGUCAGAUAUAUCGAGAAGGUUCUCAUGCAGUUAAGCGACAUCUCGGUCUGA